AUGGACGGCGGUGAAAAGUCGGAGAACAUUCUCCACCGAGCACUGGUGGAUCGGUUUCGAAGUUUGGAGGCGAGUCACGCAAAGCUCAGAGAGCAAUUGAAUGUACUGGUUCAAGAACAAGGUGUCAAGAAUUCACGGGAUGAUGGGACGUCAGAUUCCGGCGAAGUGACGCUAUACACAGGCUGGCCUUGUGUUCCCGGAGUGUUCUCGUCGGGAAGUCCGUACAGGAACGUGUUGGAGUACAUGGGCCAUGCAGUUCAUGUUAGCAGAGUUGGCUCUGGAGAGAUUAUUUUCUGUACAUUGAAUUACGAAGUAUGUGUUUAUGAUAGAAUGGAAAAGACUAUGGCUAAGGCCUUUGAAAUAGUGAUGGUGGCUGCUGACAAUGUGAAUGGUUGGUGUAUUGUGCCAAUCAACUGGAACCGGUCUGCUGAAAAACUUUAUGGAUAUAAGGACUAUGAAGUACUUGGACAAAGAGCUGAAGAGCUGCUUAUUGAUGAAGAGCAUUACACUUCCGCAAAGAAAAUCAUGGAAGCGUUGAGCUUUGGUCAAUCUUGGUCAGGUCAGUUCCCCUUUAAGAAGAGGUCCGGGGAGAUUUUUAUGGCGAUAGUGACAAAAAGCCCAUUAUAUGAGGAUGGUGAGCUUGUUGGUAUUAUCACUGUCUCAGGUGAUGCGGUUGUAUUUAACAAUAAAAACUCUGAAAACAUGAGAACGCAUCAGGAUCGUCCUAAUGGCCAACCUAAAGUACAGGGAAUAAAUAUGAAAAAGAUGCAGUGGCAUCCACGUCCACAGAUUGCUUCCUCUGUUUCCAAUCUGGCCUCAAAAGUUCUGUUUCGAAAACGAAUGGAUGAUGAAUGCAAUGCAUGUGGAAUUGCCGGAGACAGAGAGAAGACAGUACAUGAUGCUCACAAUGUUAGAUAUGAGAAACCAUCCCAAACACCAACAGCAAAGCCUAGUUUCAGUUUGCACAUUGACAAAAGCACAACUGAUGCAGCCAGCUCCGAGAAGGAUGAAUCUUCAUCCGAAUUUGCUCAGCCAUCUAGAAUAGCUGUGAAGGUCCUAUCGAAAUUGCCUAUUCGGGGAAUUGGUAACCUGGGAAAAGUCAAGAAUGAGAGUACUCGACAGAAUGUUUCCAAUGAUAGUAAGGUGAGGAAGGACUCAUAUACUCAAAGAGCUUCCGAGGAAACUUCAUGCCACUCUGGUGAUUAUGGUGGUCAUGAGGAAGAUAACUCCCAGAAAGAAACUCCCUUUGCUGCAGAAAGCACAUAUGCACAUGUAAAUUCAGAAACGAUUGCCACGGGUAAUGAGGAGAGUUCUUCUGUUGAAGCCUUGGCAAGAGACUCCAAUCAGUGCUCUGAGGUGCCUGGACGCAAAUAUUGGUUGUCAAAGUCAGGUUUCCCAUUGGAUGCAAAGGAGUUGGUGUCGGAUAUACAAAGUUCGGAGUUCCUGGAGAUAGACAAUGCAGUGCAACGGCAUCCAGAUGCUCAACAGUUCCCAAGUUCAGGGGGUAGCGUUGGCAGCAUCCAUGAAAGUUCAUCAAGCAAAGAUGAAAAUGAGUCAAACUUGGUAGUGGCUUCUGAAAUUCGUUGGGAAGACCUACGUUUGCUAGAGGAGGUUGGACAAGGUAAAGUUGAAGGGACUCAAACUCCCUGGAUGAUAUAUUAUUCAUUUGUAUAUGUUUUAUGUUUUUUGUAUAUAGUGACAUUGGCUAAAGUUUGGUUGGUGAAGUAG